AUGAUUUCGUUAAAAUUUAAAUUACUACUUUUUUUAAUAUUUUUAAAUUUUAUUGGUUGUUUAUCAGUCAAUCCUAUUCCGAGUGAAUAUAAUUGUUUGUCAACAUUGAUACAAGAUUAUAACCUUUUAAAAUUCACCAAAGAUACCAAUAACCAAUAUGUUGAUAUAUGUACAACCGCUAAUACUGAUAUAGUUUGCACGACCAAUCUAAAUAUUAAAACAUUAGCUUUGAAUAGUGGUGGAACAGAUAAUAUAUUAGACCCAUUAAAUUUUGUAAAUUGCUUUCCUCAAAUGGAUGAAUUAAUAGUUAAAAAUUUAAAAGUGACCCCAAAUUUUAUAUAUUACAAAUUUCCAGCUGCCAAUACAGUAAGGUAUUCAAAUAUUUCUGGAAUAUUAGGUGGAAUUACACAACCUCUACCUGCAUAUAGAUUAAUUGAAUUAUUUAGCGAUGACUUAAAUAAUACAAUAUUUAGAAUGCAGUAUUUAGAUAAAGUUACAUAUUCAUUAAAUAUGUUUUCAUCUGAUAGUUAUUAUUAUUUAAAUACAGAUGGAGCAAAUUCAGAUGAAUCAUCAAUCUUAACAAAUUUUAGAAUUUCUUUGAAUAGUAUAUCAGAUUUAUCAAGUUAUAAAAAAUUAAGAGGUGUUACAUUUAAAAUUUCUCCAAGAUUUGAUUACUCAACUAUUUCAUUUUUAAAGAAAUUACAAAUUACUGAUCAAUCAGGAAUGCUAACAAUCUAUGAUACAUUCAAUCAAAAUGCUACAUUAGAUCAAUAUAUAUUUGAUAAUUCUAUUAUUCCUUAUAUAUAUGUUUCAGCAAUAUUCAAGAAACCAAAGGAAUUCUUUGAUAUAACAUUAUUUAAAAACCACACUUAUAAAUCCAUUACAUUGGUUCCUGGGACAUCAUUUAAUAUCAAUGGAUCAUUUCCCUUAAUUGUUCCAAAGAAUAUUGAAAUAUCCUUUAUAGGAGGUUAUUUAACAGUUUUCCCAAACAAUCUAAAUUUUAAUCCAGAUAUUACAACAAAUUUUCAAAAUUCAAUAAAAAGUGAACAAUUCCCUCCUUUUUUAGGUUCUGGUGGUUCAUUUGAUUUUACAGGAACAACCAAAUUUACUGGCACAAUUGAUAAAUCAUGGUGCACAACUGAAAUAGCUGUUUCACUGGGAAAUUUAACAGGAUUAGUUCCAUCUUGUUUUGCAUGUUAUUUUAAUGUAACAACAGUAAAUAGUUAUUCAAAAUUAACACAAAAAUCAAUGUUUUCAAGAUUUGCUAGUAAUAAGUUUUCAAACUUUAAUACAAAUACACCAUGCACAACAUUUAGACCAAAAGUAGAAUUAAUUAAUGAUGGUAUAUUUAAUAAAGUAAUGGUAACUGGUAAUGAUAUUGGAUUCGAUGUAACAUUAUGGAAAAUUAAUUUAACAAUUUCAUUAGAUCCAACAACAUAUGUUAUUAAUCAAAAUGGUAAAAAUUAUACAGCAACAAUGGUAGGAGCUAAUAAUAAUUUGAAAAAUGUUGAAUAUUUUCCAGUUUUAUUCACAACUCCAAAUAAUGUUACAUAUACAUUCCCAACAAAUUAUAAUAUUCCACCAAUUAUAAAAUCAGUUUUAAUUAAAAGCACAGGUAAUGAAAUUCAAGUAAGUGGUACACAUUUUUCAAGUUAUUUAGGAUUUACAAAUCAACAAGUUCAAAUUCAAAAUGUAGGUAAUUGUUCAACAAUUACAAGUAGUGACUUUUUCGGAGCACAAUGUACAAUGGAAAGUGGUAAACAAUUACCAAUUUCAAAUUCAACAAUUCCAUUACAAAUAAUUUCAAUUGAAAAAGAUUCAUUCAAUGUAAAAGCAUAUAUUAAGAUCGAAUCAAAUUUCGAUAAUAAUCAAGUUUGUCCAAAUGAUUGUUCAACAUCAGUUGGAGUUAAUUCAAUUUGCGAUUUAAGUUCAGGUACUUGUAAAUGUUUACCAGGAUUUAUAGGUAGUGAUUGCUUAGGUAUUGAAUGUUCAGUUCCAGAUUGUUCAGGUAAUGGUUAUUGCAAUACUACCAUAGGUGAAUGUAUUUGUGAUUCAUCUCAUCGAGGUAGUGAUUGUUCAAUAUUAUUUAUUGAGUGUGAUCCACUAGAUUGUAAUUCAAAUGGUGUAUGUGACACAACUAAAGGUGAAUGCAAUUGUAAAGAAAAUUCUUGGUCAGGUCCAACUUGUUUAAUACCAUACCAUUAUAUAACUUCAACAAUACCUUCAACAACCAAUGGUGGUGUUGCAAGCUUUAUUGGCUUCUUUGGUGAUACUCAUAAUAAUCUAUCAAUCACAAUUGGAAAUUUACCAUGUCCAUUACUAUAUAAUUCAACAACAGUUUUAAAUUGUACAGCACCUCCAGGUUUUGGUGUAAAGCUUGUAGUUGUAACUCAAAAUAACAUUACAUACUCUUAUGAUAAAUAUCAAUAUUUAAAUAUUAAUAACCAAACAUGUCCAAAUAAAUGUUCAAAUCAAGGUACAUGCAAUACUUUAAAUGGUCAAUGUAAAUGUAAUAAUGGAUUCAAUGGUGCAGAUUGUAGUGGUAUCAUUAAUCCAGGCGGAGGUAAUAACGGAGGAAGCAAUAGCGAUAGCGAUGGAGGUAAUAACGGAAACCCACCAACUGAUACUGGUGUCGAUCCAGGUACUGGUAAUACAACAAUUUCAAAUCAAGAAGUUCAAUUCCAAAUCUUUUUCAAAUCAUUAUACGAAAUUGAUUUUAAUGGUAAUAUAGUAGCAACAUAUUCUCUUCGAAACAAUUGGACAACAAAUUCAACAAACAGCAAAAAUGAAAUUAUUUACACAUUAUCUCAAACAAUUCAAAGCAAUUGCUCAAUUAUUUCAAAGAUUGAAGAAAUUACAAACAGAAAUGGUAAAGAAUAUACAUUUGCAGAUGAAACAUUUAAUUUACAAUAUGGUUCAAUUAAAUUUAGUAUUGGAAUUUAUAACUAUUCAUACAAAAAUAACUUAAAUACUUUAAAAUUAGAAUUAGUUUCAUCAGUAGAUCAAAUAAAUUCAGAUGAUAAUGAAUGUAAUGAAAUGGAUACAUCAAUUAAUACAAUCAAUAAUAAAGAUGGUGAAUCUACUUUCAAUUAUAUUAAAAUUUCAAAAAAUAAUAAAAUUUUAGAAGGAAGAUUUAUAAACAAGUUAGUUUCAGACGGAAGACCAACAUAUUUAUUAACUUCAAUGAAAAAUGAAAGUAAGGAUUCAAUUUCAAUUUCAUUAGAUUUACCACAUUGCAUUGAAUCUUGUAUCAUUGAUCCAGAUUUCUCAGUCUUAAUUAGUCCAGAAUUUAAAAAUGAAUGUGGUAAUUCAAAAGAUGGAAGAAAAAGUUAUGUUAUCCCAGUCGCUGUAGUUGCAAGUGUUGUUGGUGUUUCCGCAAUUGGUGCAAUUGGUUUUUUAAUUUAUCGUAAAAAAGGUGAAAGUGUUCUUUUAAACAAGUUAAAAAAAAUUAACAAAUAA